CGACCCUAACCUCAUUUUUGAACUGUUUCCAUGGAUUCAAUUGUUCAUAAUGAGAAUGAAAAUUGCAAGCCUCUUCAUGUAGUAAUGCUCCCCUGGCUAGCUAUGGGACACAUAUACCCUUAUUUCGAGUUGGCCAAAAUUCUUGCUCAAAAGGGACACACCGUCACCUUCAUAAGCUCCCCUAAAAACAUUGAUCAAAUGCCCAAAAUUCCCACAGCAAUUCAACCAUUCAUCAAUUUGGUAAAAUCACCUUUACCACACAUAGAACAACUACAAGGUGGAGAGAGCACUAUGACUGUUCCAUCAAACAUGAUUGGUUACCUUAAGUUGGCUUAUGAUGGUCUUCAAGAUGAUGUUGCUGUGAUACUCAAAACUUCAAAGCCUGAUUGGGUUUUCUAUGAUUUUGCAGCUGAUCGGUUACCACUAAUAGCCAAAAGCCUCAACAUUCCUUGUGCUCAUUACAACAUAGUCCCAGCUUGGAACAUAUGUUUCUUUAAUCGACCAAAGGAUCAUGAAGUAGACAUGUAUAGCCCACUAAACUGGGUUCCUUACCAAACAACCCUUCAUCUCAAACCGUAUGAGAUUAUGAGAACAAUGUCAUCAAUUGAAAAUCAUUCUGGAAGAAGGUUGGCUUUAGAUCUCAACAAAGUAUACUCAAGCUGCGACCUUUUUCUUAUCCGAACCUCUAGAGAACUUGAAGGUGAAUGGUUAAAUUGUAUUUUUGACCAAUACAAGGUUCCUGUGGUUCCAGUUGGAUUGCUCCCACCAUCCAUGCAGAUAAGAGACGAUGAAGAGGAAGAAAACAACCCUGAUUGGGUGAAAAUCAAGGCAUGGUUGGAUUCGAAAGAAUCAUCUUCUGUUGUUUACAUUGGAUUUGGGAGCGAGUUGAAGUUAAGUCAACAAGAUCUAACUGAGUUAGCUCAUGGAACUGAGUUAAGUCAUCUUCUGAAGUAUUCAACAACAUUCUGAAGUAUUCUCAAGAACACAACAACAUUCUGAAGUAUUUCAGUUUGCCCAGAAUUUCAAGUUAAAGUUGGUGGGUCCCAGGACACGUGGUAUAAGACCAGUGGUCACUCUCCAACGGCUACAAAGGCUCAAGAACUCUAUAAAUAGAGAUCAAGACCUCAGCAUAACACACACCUUUGCAAAGCAUACAAGAAAACAACAUAAGAGUGUUUGAAGCUUUAGCAAAAAUAUUGAUCAUCACAAAGAUUCCAA